UUGCGAUUGCAUCCCAAAAUCACAAGCGAUGCGAGUUAUAUGUUUUGAGUGCUGUUCGUCGCAAUUUCGAGCGAAUUUCUUGAAAAUUAUGCGAUCCUCGCUACGCUGGAGAUAAACUGCAAUCAAUUCUGAAACGUUAUCUCGAGUGUCAAGCGCAAGGCAGGAAAGAACAGAAAGGAGCAGCGAUUCUUUCUUGACGAAAAAUGGAGGAUGAACGCUUAAUUGGCAAGGACACAAAGACAGAUGAGAAUACUGAGACCAAACCUAAGGAAACUCUAGGCUUAAUCACUACAGUAGCCCUGGAUACUCUGCAUCGUGAUGUUAGACGUGUUCUACAGGAGUAUGAAGAGGAGCAUAGGAAAAAUAAGAAGUAUAGAGCUUGGCUGAAGGACACCCUGCACCAUCGUAGCCAAUAUACAACGCUCUGCUGGACCUCUGCGAUCGCGCUGUUGAUCAAUGCCAUUAUUCUCAUCGUUGCGUUCUUUACGCUUAAUGAAACAUGGUAUUCAACACUGCCGUAUGAAGGACUGAUAGUCUGUUGUUUAGUAGUAUUGAAUUUUAUCUUAGUGGUAUCGGAUAAUAAAUUACGACAUGAAGAAAUUCCUCAUAGAGUGAAAAUUCUUCUUGAUCAACUCAAUGUUGCACGUUCCACAUGUCAAUGGAGGUCUGAGAACUACCCACAUUUGUGCAGUCCGCAAUCCCCUUGCUUGACCUUGCAGUGGACGUAUCGUGAUGGUGAAGUAGUCAACUUGCCGUGGGCCUUAUUAGUGGCCGGUGAUAUAAUCGUGAUGAAGCCAGGCCAGCAAGCACCUGGAUAUUGCGUGCCAUACAACGAUCCAGAAGCGCCUGUUUUGCACGCAAGAGAGACUUACAGUGUGUCAGUACACAGCGCGAACGAAAUCUUCUCCAUGCCGCAGUCCCGCAUACCUCUGAAGAGUAAGAUCUACAAACUUCAGGAAACACCGUACUUGGUGAAUCUGCGAAUGGCGCUCGAUCAAGCUCUCGAUCGACCAGUAACUUAUUACAAUCGCAAGCGUCACUUGCUGAUGAUCUGCUGCAUUGAGCACUUGACCUAUCCGAUACUCGUGAUUGUUAUCCUUGUGAUCAAUCUGCUCCGUUAUCUAUAUCUGACAGACUAUUUUGGCACUGGUCACUGGAGUGAAAUGUUUCUGUUGCAACCGAUCGCUGUGAGUCUUCCGUUGUUACCAUUGGUGUUUCCCGCCUGUUGGAUAUUCCUCAAUUGCUUCGGCAUGGCUCGUUUCAAAGCGUUGUUCAAGCUUUAUCUGUCCGCAAAAAAGCUCCAGUUUGUAGAUCCUUUUGAAGACGCAGAAAUCAAUGGUCCCAAUCAUCCGGACGUAGUGUACAACUGGCUGGAACUCAAAGAAUAUUUCUUCGAUAUUCUUUUCGGCAACGAGCACAUGAUGUCGCGAUCGGCGAGCAUUCUGCACGUUCUGGGCUCUGUAACCGCGCUGUGCUGCGUAGAUAAGAAGGGAAUUCUCUCAUGGCCUAAUCCCACGGCGGAGAAAGUAUUUUUCCUACGUAACGCCAAUAUUUUGUCGCCGAGCUCGAGUACCGGCAGCGUGGACAAGACGACUGACAAGAAUCAGGAAUCCGAGGAGACCAAGGUGAACUCCAACAGAACGUCUUACGUACAGCAUGAUAUGUCGCACUCCACCGCCGAGGUCCUGGAUCUCACCCACGAUCAUGCCCUGCCGUUCCGACUGCAGUUCGACGAUCACUCGUGGCGACAACAUCUGAAUUCGCUGAAACCGCUUGGUCUGGCGAUCCUCCUCAACACGUGCAACAUGGACACGCAGGAACACUACACGCAAUUCUGUUGUCACGUCACUUGCGAGGCUCUCUACAAUGAGAACUUGGUCCCAGUGACGAACAGACGAUGUCUGUGCGAACUGGCGAAGCAGAUCGGUUUCCAGGAUCAAGCGCAGAAAAUCUUCCAACUGGAACAGCAACUAUGUACAUUUAGACAUGUACAACCAGAGAUGGUCAGGCGGGACAUAAAGUUCGCGCGUUCACUGAGCAUUGCGACAAAGUUGAAAUUCCCGUUUCCUCACAUGGUCGCCGUAGUCGUGAAAGAGCGCAGCGGUGGUGGUCUACAGUUGUUGACACAAGGAACGGCUGACAUAAUUCUGGACUCGUGCAUCGAGUAUUGGGAUGGCCACGAUCUCUGCCCUCUUUCCGCAUCAGACAGGAAAAAGGUUCAAGACUUCUACCAGAGGACGAGCUUAACCUCGUAUUGCACCGCAUUCGCUUAUCGACCGCUGACGCGCGCCAUCAGCGACAACAUGUCCGAGAUAUAUCUGGAGCUACCAGCGGAUAGCAAACAUUUGUACACACCUCACAGGAGUCCGACUCCUUUACCGUGGGACUUCAGAAAUGUUCUCGAUCCCAGAGUACGAGGAAUAUUGGGACAGUUUCAUUCGACAGAUUCCUUGCUGUGUAACGAAAAUAAGGAUGAUAACGUGAACGAUAUUGAAAGCUGUUUCGAGGUGCAGUGCAAUCAGGUUUUCAUCGGAAUGGUUACCAUGCAAUAUCAGGCACAAACCGAUAUGGUACAAUUGAUUGAACAAUUGGAUAGAGCAUGCAUAAGGUUUGUGCACUUCAGCAAGGAGAACGAACUGCGCUCGCGUGUUUUCUCAGAGAAAAUGGGCUUGGAGAGCGGCUGGAAUUGUCACAUCUCAUUACUCAGCGAGGGGGCCAGGUCCGAGAGUCCAGUGGGUUGGUGGGUGAGCCAGGCAGCAGCCAUGUCCUCACCCACUCCCUCACCCACGGCCCAAUCUCAUCAGCCUAAUUACUCCUGCAUGGACGAGGCCAGCCACUUGCUUAAUCGUGUCUUACCUCGCACCAAUCUGAACAACAGCCGAGCGAUGAGCAUGUCGGCGCCAAGCGCUAUCAACACUGACUUCUCGACAGUGAAAUUCGACGAUGAAACAACCGAGUGGAAUAAUACAGGAACAUCGCAAGUCAAGAGCACGAUGAGCCACAGAGAUAACAAACUGUCGAGCAGGGAGCAGGACACGGUGAGAAGCGAGGACAGCGUCCUGGUGCAGAGCGUCGAUUUGGGAUCAGGCCAGGAAGCUUGGAGAUCCUUGAGCUGCCUCACCGACAGCACCGAACAAAGUGCGCCAGUCAACUUCGAUUUAUCGAAUAGGGCUAAACUGCCGAGGGGCAUAGACAAGAUACGUCCGCACAUCGAGCUGAUAGAUAACGUUCCUUUACUCGUGUCCCUAUUCACCGACUGCAACACCACAGUAACCCGCGAGAUGUUGCAUAUAAUGCAGGAUUAUGGCGAGGUGGUGUGUGUGCUUGGCUCCUCUGCCAACGCCGAGAACAUGCCCAUCUUCAUGCAGGCUGACGCAGGAGUGGCAGUGGAGCCCUUGUAUCCUCAGGUAUGUCAGAAGGUACCAGUAUUGAUAUCCCCUACGGAGAGCCAAGGAAUUUCUCCUGUUGAUCUGAGUAGAGCACUAAACUCUGUUACAUGUUCACUGAGUGUGAAACGCGAGGAUCCUGUAGCAAUUUUUCAUCUCAUUAUGGAGGCUCGUCAUUACAUGAAGAAUCUAUGGAAUUGUAUACAAUUUUGGCUGUGCUGUGUAGUUACGCUCUCAUUUGUACAAAUGCUGUCGGCGUUUCUACUGCUGCCGCCACUGUUCUCCAUCGAUCAAAUACUCUGGUUGUGCUGCUUGAUAAUUCCCGUACUGUCGACAUCCAUGAUCACCACGCCGAUAGACUCGACGAUAAUGCAACGCGCGACUGGGAAAAAUCAAUGCGUGGUCAAUGGAGAGGUCACACUAUUCGUGUUAUGGUGCUAUGGCAGCAAGUUCUUGCCAACGGUGAUCACAGUGAUUCUCUCGCAGUGCAUCUCGUUUCUGACGCUUUGCCCCGUCUACGUACCACAGAACUCCAAGUGCCUGUACAUAUAUCCGGAUCCGCGGGACCAGAUUUGGGGCGGCUGGGGUAGCAAGCCGAUUGUCGUUCUGGUCGUACAGCAUUUCGCUCUCACGCUUAUAGUUCUGCAUUUCGUUACGAUAUCUGUUAGCUUUGUACACAGGGAAUACUCGAUAUGGAAGAAAAAUCCUAUGAGUAAUUGCACCUGGUUUCUUGGUGUAUUUAUUGUAUUGUGUGUGCAAGCGAUAUUCUCUGGUAUAAUGUUCCGCAAAUUUUGGCGAGAAGAGAGCAAAAAGAUCGAAAACUUCCCGCUACACGUGCCAUUAUUCUUUCUAUUCUCUGUUCCGCUGACGUUUGUAAUUAACGAGUUGAUCAAGUGGCAAGAGAUCAAAGUGAACGUGAGAUAUCAGAAAAGGGCACGUUUGGAAUUUGGCACAAAGCUAGGAAUGAAUUCGCCAUUUUAAUCCAAUUUGCAGCAUCAAUUUGACGUCUUCGAAAUAUCAAAUGUGUUUUAAAAGAUAUACGGGUAUAUCAUUAAGUGUAUAUAUUAUUAGCAUGUAUUUUAUCGAAAGUACUGGUAUUAUGAUUUAGUUGCUGCAGACUCGAGAAAUUCAAAGGGCUCGAGGAUCUUUAAGAGCUUCAUGUACUUACAAUGCUGUGUCAAAUAUUGCCAAAUUUGAUUAGACUUGAGCAAAGCCGGUAUUUUCUAUAGCGAUGUGUGUAUUUAUAUUUUGCGACCAUCGAUUGCGAGCUUAAAUGAGCACCAUGGACGAAUUUUCUAUCUCGUUUUCAUCAAACCGUUCCGAUUAAAGUGGUUUCUUUUCGAUGAAAUUAUUUACGAGAAGCCGCAAAAACAUCGUUAAGGCAUAUUAUUUCUCUCACUUUUGAUUCUAUCAUUAUUCAAGAUGUCCCACAUAGGUAUCGCUUUAGGUUUCAUUUAUUUAAAAAAAAAGAGAUUAUUUUAAUAGUUUAAAAAUUAUAGAAAGAUUGUUUCGCGUUCUUCUAAUAUCCAUAAUAAUGCGAGCGUGCCUGGGAAGUUUAGACAUCUUGCAUUUGACGAUCUUAUCAUUAGUGUUAUGUAAAGUACUUAAACAUAAAUAUGUUCCUACUGAUAACUUUGGUAUCCUCGUUGACGUUCGAUUUCGCCCGAGCUCGUUGUAGAAUCGCACAGUUGAGAAAUUAGGCGUUUUUAGCGUUUGAACGCAACGAUAGUUAUUUAUUUAUCGUGAUCACAGAUUAGUGAGGAUUUUAGCGAAUUAAAUGUAAUUCUGCGAGUUGAUUAGAUAGUAACGUCGAACUAAAUUCGAAUUGUAGCAGUGAUAGUCUCGCUGGUACGAGACAAUGCUCUGGUUGUACGAGACAGUGCUCGGUCACAUCUGGAUUGCAUAGAGUUCUUGAUUUCCAACCGAUAAAGUGGAAUAUAAUCAUAAUCGCGAUUUUCAGAACGGCCGAGCUUCCACAAUUAACCGCAAACUUAAUUUCUUCCUUUGCACUGCUUUUGCAUUAUUUGAUUUUAAUAAUGAUACUUUAUAUACAAACAUGCACGUGCAUAUACCUUUAUUGUUCCUUUUCUUUACUCUAAAUUGAUGACGCAAUUUUCAUAUGUUGUGCAAAGUGUGUGAGUGGAGAUCAUAAAGGAAAAUUAUUAAAGAUAGUUGUUGCUAGAUCUAAUAAAUGUACACAUAUUUAUAGUAAAAGAAAUUCAUUUUUUUUAUAUUUUCAGAAAAUAUGAUGUUUAUGAAGCAAGUUACAAAUUUUCAAAUAAGCACUUCUUGUUUAAAUCUUACAUCAGAAAUCCAUUUUUUCUUGCCUUUUAUUAUGUGAUGAUUGAAACAAAUGAGUUCGAUUCUUUAUGUUAUACGAACACAAGUCAAAGGUCUGAUUAUAGUCUUUGUUAAACGAUAUUCCACAUUAGCAAAUUUAUUUUAAACUUCCGUUAUACUAUGGUGUAUCGUUUCAAUGCUGUUAAUACUGCAUUCUACGUUUAGUUUUAUGCAAUAAAAAAGAUGUUUUUUUAAAGAGAAUAAAAUUUUCAUUAAGCA